UUAUGUUAGUAUUGGUUUUCAUAUCUGUGUCUAUCCCUUCCCUUUUGGGAUAUUUUCGCCGCGUGGAUUGAUAGAUAUGUCGACGCUCUUUCGCCGGAAGUCAAUCGGAAUCCGCCGCUGUUUCUUUCUUCUUUCCGUUUGAUUUUUUUAAUUUUAUUUUUGGCUGUACUAGUAAUCUCCUUACUCCUCAAAUCCUCUGCUGCAAUCUAGUUUCUGUUUUUGUUUCUUAAUCGGUGAAGCUUCUGGGUUGUGGUGGCGGCUAGUCAUCGGGUUUGUUUAGUUUAGAAGUAGUUCUAGGGUUUUAUCAGCUUUCGAUUUGAUGGAGCCUAGAGUCGGAAACAAGUUUCGGCUCGGAAAGAAGAUCGGCGGUGGAUCAUUUGGAGAGAUCUAUCUUGGUACCAAUAUUCAGACGAAUGAAGAAGUGGCUAUUAAGCUUGAAAGCGUGAAAACUAAGCAUCCUCAGUUGCUGUAUGAAUCAAAAUUGUAUAAAGUAUUACAGGGAGGAACUGGCGUUCCAAACGUUAAAUGGUAUGGUGUUGAAGGGGACUAUAAUGUCCUCGUGAUAGACUUGUUGGGGCCUAGCCUUGAAGAUCUAUUCAAUUUCUGUAGUAGGAAACUCUCACUAAAGACUGUACUAAUGCUUGCUGAUCAAAUGAUCAAUCGCAUUGAGUUUGUUCAUCAGAAGUCAUUUUUACAUAGGGACAUCAAGCCUGACAACUUUCUGAUGGGGCUUGGGAGGCGCGCUAAUCAGGUAUAUGUCAUUGACUUUGGUCUGGCAAAGAAGUACAGAGACUCAAAUCAUCAGCAUAUCCCUUAUAGGGAAAACAAAAACUUGACUGGGACUGCUAGAUACGCUAGCAUGAACACUCACCUUGGCAUUGAACAAAGUCGUAGAGAUGAUUUGGAGUCACUUGGAUUUGUUCUCAUGUACUUCUUAAAAGGAAGUCUUCCUUGGCAAGGACUGAAAGCUGGCAAUAAGAAGCAAAAGUAUGAGAAAAUCAGUGAAAAGAAAGUCUCGACAUCUAUUGAGUCUUUGUGCAGAGGUUAUCCAUCUGAAUUUGCAUCCUAUUUCCAUUAUUGUCGUUCUCUGAGAUUCGACGACAAGCCAGACUAUGCCUACCUGAAACGGCUUUUCCGCGACCUGUUUAUUCGUGAAGGGUUCCAGUUUGAUUAUGUAUUUGAUUGGACGAUCUUGAAGUAUCAGCAAUCACAGAUUUCUACUCCUCCUCCCCGUCAUCAUGGUCCUGGAGUUGGGCCAAGCUCUGCCCUCCCCCCUGCCAUUGCUAGUGCUGAGAGGCCAUCAGGGGGCGACGAAGCUAGACCUUCUGGCUGGUCAUCAGGAAUCCCUAGACGAAGUUCUGGACAAAUUUUUAACUCAGGAAGCUUAGCAAAACAAAAAGCACCAGUUUCAAGUAGUGAUCCUGCAAUAUCUAAAGAUGUAAUGUUAUCAAGCUCUAGCUUUCUCCGCGCAACUGGGUCAUCAAGACGUGCUGCUGUAUCCAGUAGUCGCGAGGCUGCAGUUCCGGGAACUGAUUCUGAGCCAUCAAACCCUCAAAUCAUUGAAGCUGGAUCAGGCUCCAACUCAAAGACCCCUGUUGGUCGAAGCUCCCCUAUCGUCUCAUCUGAGAUCAACAAACUAUCAUCACCGUCAAGGGCAACUACUUCAGUCAUGAAGAACUAUGAGGCUAAUCUUAAAGGGAUCGAGAGCCUGCAUUUUUAGUUGCUGGGGACCAGUGAAAGAUGCUUAAAACCCCGGGACAAGUGUAAAUUAAAAAGACAAAGAAAACCUCCCCAUGUUUUACGUGCAUUUGUGUUCACAAGGGAGGGAGACUUUACUUGUGCCUGUAAGCACACUCUAAUAACAAAGAUAAAGAAAGACUCUGAAGAAGUGAUAGCAGAGAAAGACAAACUCAAACAGGGAGAGAUCAAAGAGUCAAAAAGACUUAACCCUUUUAGUUCCCUUUUGGUUUUUACCGUCCAUUGUUGUUUCUUUUAUCUUUUGUGCUUCAGAGGGAUUUAAAGUGGUAAAGUGUAUACUUGAGGCUGCAAGAGAAACCGUACAAAAGAAGGGUUUUUCUUUUUAAUAUAUUUGAAGUCCUCUCA